GACACAGAAAUGUAUCAUUGUCCAAUUGAUUACACAACCCUGGGUGUUCAAAUAAUUCUUAGAUCAUGCCAUUAUCUUGAUUCUACACUGUCCACUAGUUCUUUUUGUUUAUAUUUAGCCUUCAUUGUUUUACCUUCCACAUUUCAGCAUCGGAAAAUAACUGAGCCAAAUCUAUCAUCAGCUACUAUCUCUUUAGUCUUGGGAAUGUUAAUUGAUGAGAUGAGUGCCCUUUUUUGA